GUUGUUUCUAGCCGGUGGCCGGAGCGUUGCCACGUCAGUCCUGUUACUGCUAUCGUUGACAUGUACACUGUUGAUCCUAUGAUGAAUUCACGUUUACAACAUUAGUGGAUAUCAGUGAGAGAUGGAAGAGAAAGAGGUGGACAUCAAAGAAGAAGAAAAAGAAGAUGGGGAGCUCGAGGAAGGAGAGCUGGAGGAUGAAGAGGAAGGAGAAAAGGGCACCGGUUCCCCCAAACCAGGUGGGACUCCUCCUCAUCCUAAGGAAGAGAAGGAAGAGAAAAAAAAUGGAGAGUCCAACAGGGCAGACGGUGCAGAGGGCAAGAUGCAGGUCGCUGCAGCGAAAGAUGGCAACCUGGCCGAGCCUCGAGAUGAGGAGGGCCUGAAGAAAGAGAGGAAGGAGGGGAAAGAGGAUUCUAAGAGAAAGCACAGGGAAGAUGAUGAUGAAAAAGACAAACGCAAGAAGAAGAAGAGAAAGAGAAAACACGCCAGCAGCGAUGAGGAAGAAGAUGAAAUACCAGCUGCCCCUCCAAAGUUUCCCCAUAGGAAGGUGGUUCCUCAUCCGCAUGCCUUUGGUGACGAGAUGGGCUUUGACGCCAUGCUCCAGCAGGAAAUGUAUCUACGAGGCCGCUCUCCCCCGCCUGGCAUGGUCACGUACGGUCCUCCUGGACCCUUUGGUCAUCCUAUGUUCAGAGAUUAUGAUUCUUUUGACUCUGGAUCGGAUUCGGAGAUGCGUAUGGACCACAGACGACGGAGGAGACACAGGAGAUCAAGAUCUCGUUCUCCCUCCCGGAAAAAUGAAGCCAUUUGCAUGUACUAUAUGCAGGGAAGCUGCCAAAGAGGGAAGGCUUGCCCGUAUUCUCAUGACAUCCAGCCGCAGCGUAAGAUGGAGCUCUGCAAGUUCUACAUGAUGGACUGUUGUGCAAAAAGAGAGAAGUGCUUGUACAUGCACAAAGACUUUCCUUGUAAAUACUACCACACUGGAGUCAAAUGCAAAUCUGCUGAGAAAUGUAAAUUCAGCCACGAGCCCAUGUCAGAUGCCACAAGAGGCAUUUUAUUAAAGCAUAUCGAAUUAGCACCAAAAGACAUUCUUGGAGACUUCCCCCGCCUGACAAAGGAGGCAGCCAACAUGGUCGUGUCCAUCACGGAAGCCCAUCGGAGCGGCAACCCCAUGGAUGUGGAGAACAUGCCCGGUAUAAUGGAUCUUCGUGAUAGGGGAUUCAAAUAUGUUGAUAAGGCAAUAAGAAACGUCAUAAAGAGGCAAGCGAGAGCUAAGAACUUGGAGGAUGAGGAUGGUGGAAUCAUGAUGGACAAGAUGAAACACGGUAAAAUGGGCGACUCCAGAAGACAUGGUGACAUGGGGGAAGAUAAGAUGUCCAAAAUGUAUGGGAAACAUGACCACAUAUCACCAUCGAAACAUCACGAUGAGUCUCGAGUCAACCUGGACCGCAAUGUUGAGAAUUUGGUCAAAGCCUUCCGGAAUCAGUCGUAUGACAAAGGGAUGAGGAACCAACCUCCCCAUGGGUCACCGGAAGACUGGCGGCAGCGAGGCAGCCACGACAGUGGGGAUUGGAUGGGAGGCAAGCCAGAUGAAAGGGGCCCAAGCUCAUCUCAAUAUAAAAAUAUGGUAAAUGGAGAGGUUCCACCUAUGAGAGGGAGCCCUAUCACGCCUAACACCAGCAGCUGCUCGGAAUCGAUGACCAGCCCAAACAACAACAACAUGGGCUCUGGUGGGGACCAUGGCCCAGGAAAUGCCAUGCAGCACCCUAGUCCAGGAAAGAAGUUAGGUGGUAUGAUGGCUUGCAUGCCGCAGAAGCAGAGGGAUUUCUUCCAGCGGAUACAACAGCAGCACUCUGUCCAGGAUGACGACGAUUUGAUGGACAAUAAUCCGGAUGAGGCAGGUGCUGGCACGAGCAAUAUGAAUUGGUACAGCAGCGACGAAGAGGGAGACGGUCCUUCGCCUAGCAAGCCCCCUUGGCAGAAUCCAAGCCACAACACCAUUAUGUCGCCAAGUAGAACGCCACCGGGAUCUAGGACACCACCUAUGGGUGGAGGGAGGUUCACUCCUCCAGGGAAAAGGGACGAUGGAAGCAAUACUCCUCCAAUGGCGCAGUCUCAAGCAAAGAAUCCCUUCCCCAACAUAAACCUCGACAACAUCAAGAUUACCGAUUUAGCUUUCGUUCUGUCGGCUGUCAAAAAUCAGGUGGCAGCGAAAAAUAAUCCGGAAGAUUCAAACAGAGAUCCCAGAGGACCUGGCUCUCGAAGAGAUGUAGAUAUGUCCAGAGAUAAUGGGGACAGCUCGAGGUACCCACGUGAUUCUAAUCAGAGGUCUGAUAGCAUGUAUCCUUCAAAUUCUUGGGGAAGGAAUUCCUGGGACUCUCAAGGGUCUUUGGACCGACCUGGCGACUCUCGAGAUUCACAGGGUGGCUUCCUCUCACCCAAGAGGCAAGACUCCGAUCACGAUCAGAGACAAAGAAUGUCUGAUACUGACCUACGGGUGUUACCGAGAGCAGAAGGUCGCAGGGAGGAUGUAGGCGGUAAAAAUUCACGGUGUGAUACAGAUAUGCGAAUGUCUAACGAGUCAUCCAUUUAUGAUGUGGACCUAAGGCAGCUAAAUGUUUUGAAGGGUUUGGGAGACAGUGAUGAAAGUACAUCACCCCUACCUUUUAAAGUACCAGUUCAUACUCCUGCCAAGGAAAUUGUUGCAUCGCUGUCAUCUCACUCUCCGAUGUAUUAUCAUCUUAUAAAAGUAACCAUCCCCAAACCAGACUUCUCUCACCUAAAAAUUAACAGAGAUGAUCCAAGGAUAAUGGACGACCCAAGACUGCGGCGAAUGUUGCGAAGGAAUUCCACAGAAGAUUCUGCAAACAAAAGCCCCAGGGCACCCUCCAGAUACGAAAUGGAUGGGCCCUUCAGUCCCACUGGUGUACAAGGCUCCAGAAGUGAGCAGAGAUUUAACGAAGCAGAUUCAAGAGAUCCCAGGGUUGCUUCAUCCAGAGAUCCAAGAGGGGAGCCGAGAGUUGAUCCACGAUCUGAGGCUCGCCCAGAGCCUCGCGUCGAUCCCAGAACAAAUGUGCGCGUUGACCCUCGUGUUGGUAGCAGGGGCGAUCCCAGGACUGAGUCUCGGGACCCAAGGGCAGACCAGAUGAAUGACAUGCGCAAUCAAGACCCUCGCAUGGGUGGGAUGUAUGGUGGUGGUGGAAAUAACAUGGGCAUGAUGGAAGGAGGAAUGCAAUAUCAGAAUAUGGGACCAGGCCCUGGUCCUGGUCCUGGUCCUGGUCCUGGUCCUGGUCCGGGUCCAAUGGGAGGUCCACCUUUAACAAGAGUUGACCCCAGAGGUAGACCAGGGCUGCUUGGUCCAGCGCCGGUGCCAUUUUCGGGGAAUGUUCCUCCACCAUCGCCAAAUGUUGGACCUGGAAUGCCGCCGCCUCCGUAUAUGAUGGGUCAGAUGGGCCCCAACAGUGGGUAUUAUCCAGAUGAUCAGGGUGAUAUGAUGGGAGGUGGAAAGUUUCCUCAAGGAGGGUCAAAUUGGGGUGGUCCCAUGCCAUCUAAUGACCCUCGUUUCCAUAGGGACAUGGGUGAUGGCCCCCAUUCAUACACUCCCCCACCGGUAUCCUAGUGAUUUGGCGAUGGAAGUGAUUGUACCUGUACCUUUUUCUCUGUGAUUAGCCAAAUGGCAUUUUACGAUGUAAGUUGUUACUGUUAAGAGUUCUGACCAUGCAAGCAAGUUCAGGACGUAAUGUAUAUUUUAAUAUGCCUAAUAAUUAGGUUGAUCGUCAUGUAGUAUACUGUUCUCUUUGAUAAAACUUGAGAUACUGAUACUCAGUUUUGCCCAUAAUUAUUAUUAAAUCAUAAUUGUAUUCAAAUAGUUUUAUUAGAUCCGGGAUAUGAUUUUUGUUGAUUCAUUUGAAGUUAUGUAAAAUUUGUUGAGAUUUAUGUAAUUUUGUACAUAAUAGACCAGUCUGUUGGAGAUUCGACAGUCCUUCAGAGAUCAGACCAGGAAUUUUAUUCAUUUUAAGACUAAGAAUUUUUAAGUGGACAAAAUUUUUUCCCUGGUCAUUUGUAAGCCUAGGUUAAUGUAUGUUGUGUUGAAUAAAUGUUUGUAUGGAGAUUGUAAUGUGCUCAUAUUACAGUGCCAUACCUGUCUAUUGAUGUGGAGGAUGACUCGUAUAUUUUUAUGUGGAGAUGUAAUUUAGUCUUCCUUACACUGUUACAGCUAUAGGACACUGUAUGUACACAUGUAUAUUUGUUUUGUAAGAAAGGCCUAUACUUAACUUUUAAUUCUGUUCUUCAUAUCCUCUCUCUCACUGACGAAGAGUGUUUAAAGUACAAAAAAGGAAAAAGAGCCGCUUUAAUGAUAACGACUUCAUACUAAUUUUAUGUCACGAUAGUUUUGGGAGCGAGUCCAAGUGAAACCUUGUAAAUAAUUAGGGGAGAUUUUUGACUUGGUAUAUUUUCCCUUUCGCAGUAACUGGUGUGGCACCAUACUUGCAUCAUGGUAGAAAGGAUGUUGUAUUCAUGGUCUGUAGUAUUCCUGUGAAAAUUUAGUGGUGAAUUACAAUUCCUCUGAAGAUUAGUCUUGUGGUCGGAAAGUGUGCUUGUUACUAAGAAUGGAAAGCGCAGAAGUUAUGGAAAGUAAGUUAAUUGGUUCUGAAAAGUAAGACUUUGUUAAGGAGUGGAAAAACUAAAGUUUUUUUCUUUGCACCUUUCAGGCACUGUUACAUUAUACAAUAUUGUUGUUGUAAUAUGGUACAUAGUACAUGCAUUGUUGAUGAUAGAAGUAAUAUGUUGAAGAGAUGUUAAACAGCAGCUGAUGGAUCCUAUUAUUUUUAUAUUCAUUGCUCAAGGAAUAUUUCAUGUUUUCUACUGCAAGUAUGCAUUAAAAAUAAUAAGCUUUAAGUUUAA